UCGGGAGGGCCUUGAAUGCAUUAUUAGCUGCCUAUAAAAGUCUACCAAGAGAACAACCAACUGCCGGAAAAACUGAAGUCACUUCUUCUCUCAAUCCUUUCCCCUUUCCUCUCAUUAGCUAUAGCCAUGGUGAGCUCCAAGGCCAUGGUCAUGGCUUUUGUGGUUGUGCUUGCUAUUCCUACCCUUCUCUUCUCUUCUCAUACUUUUGCAGAGCUACCAAGGCUUGAACACUCACUAAAGAGUGAUGGGUCAUUGAGCCUUUUGGUCAUUGGAGAUUGGGGAAGAAAGGGAGAAUUUAACCAAUCACAAGUUGCAAAUCAGAUGGGAAGGAUUGGAGAAGAACUUGACAUAAACUUUGUGAUAUCAACCGGAGAUAAUUUCUACGACAAUGGACUGACCGGUGUGGAUGACAAGGCAUUUGAGGAGUCAUUUACCAACAUAUAUGCUGCUAAGAGCUUGCAGAAGCAAUGGUAUAGUGUUUUGGGGAAUCAUGAUUACAGAGGAGAUGUGCUAGCACAACUUAGUCCUGUCCUUCGCGAGCUUGAUCGCAAGUGGCUUUGUAUGAGAUCAUUCAUUCUUGAUGCAGAAAUUGUGCAGUUCUUCUUUGUGGACACUACUCCUUUUGUGAAAUCAUAUUGGAAUGACACACAGAUUCACAAUGAUUGGAGGGAAGUUGCUCCUCGACAAAAUUAUAUCACAAAUCUCUUGAAGGAUUUGGACAUGGCAUUGAAAGAAUCCACAGCAACAUGGAAGUUUGUUAUCGGACAUCACACAAUUAGAAGUGUUAGCGUGCAUGGAGACACAAUUGAACUUGUAGAAGAGCUUCUCCCUGUCCUCAAAGCUAAUAAUGUCGAUUUAUAUAUGAAUGGGCAUGACCAUUGUCUCCAGCACAUUAGUAGCAAAGAUAGUCCGAUUCAGUUCAUGACAAGCGGAGGUGGUUCAAAAUCAUGGGGAGGUGUCUACAGGCCAAAUUCAGACGAACUGCAAUUCUUUUACGAUGGCCAAGGGUUCAUGUCCCUGGAAUUGACAAAGAGAGAUUUGAAGAUGGUAUUCUACGACGUAUUUGGACAAAAUUUGUAUGAAUGGAGCACGACAAAGGAUGCAUACCCCUCGAUGUAGGUAUCUUAUGGGUAGGAAUUAGAUGUCAUUGCAUCGUCCAUUUAUCGUCUCUGAGUUCAUCAUGUUUGGAAAGUGGCAUAUGUAUCAUCUUACUAGUGAUACAUGGUAAACCUAUCAGAACAAGCUAGUUAUUCUGCUAGCUUUGUUUUCGCUACAAUGUUGGAUUUGGAUUAAGUUUCUGACACACGAGAAUAUACACAUAUCUCAUUGCCAAUG